AUGCAAAUAUUUCUAAUUAUGUUCCAGAAAGCAGAAGCUACUCAGAGAGACAGAAGGUGUGACAGUAGUACACUGAUGCCAUGCCGAGAGAAAGCAGAGAAGAACGGCUUCAUAUUUGAUAAAGUGAUAUUUAAACUAUACUAGAAAAAAAUAGACUGAGAAAAUGAGAAUAUCACUGGAAGUCAUCAUUUACCUAAUGACAGCUAGUGUGAGAUUAUCAUCUGUCAUAGGAAACAAAGGAGGAGGUGUUGACAUAAACUACUGGAAUGACAUCACACCAGUGGCAUUAAACCACAGUCCUGGAGAGACUGUCCAAAUUGAGUGCACCUAUCCACACAGCCAUGAGAACAAUGAGAAGUUCCUGUGCAAGGGGGCGAAUCCUUUCAACUGCAAUCAGCUGAUAAAUACAACAGAGCAGGAGAGCGAUGUGGCUAAAGGCAGGUUUCAUAUACGGGAUGUCAGGAGAAAGAAGUACUUCUACGUGUACAUCAACAAUGUGAGCACAGACGACUCUGGGUACUACUGGUGUGGCUCCAGCAGGACGGGGGAGCAUGCUGGAUCCACCAAAAUCCUCCUCUCUGUAGGCGAGUACACUGAGCACUUUUGUCUUCUACUCUAA